CCGGUACCGUCAAUUCCACGUUCCAUCACAACAGUAUAUAAGCAACAUGCCGUCUCACUGUCCUUUCAAACUCGAGCUCGUCUGAGUCUGUUUGCUGUUGUGACGGUCAGGAGGAUUUACUAUCUCACUGCAGUAUGUCGGUUUUCUCAGUUUCUCUGGCUGCACUCUUCACUGUUCUGGUGAUACUCGGAGACUACAGGAACGUUGACGCUGCCUCUCUCUCUCUGUCUUUCGGUGACCGAUGCAGAAUGUCUACUCACUUUGCUCAGCUGUUUGGUGCCCGUUGUAAUAACUACCUUAACAAACAAGACUGCGAAGUGGGAGAGUGGAGUACAUGGGGGGCAGUGACCACAGACUCCCAAGGAGUUUGCCAACAAAGCAGGGCAAGGAAAAUAAACGUUCUUCCCAGGAACGGAGGACGUCCGUGCCCUAGUUUGAAAGAAACGAAAAUUAUAGAAUGUGUUACUAACCCUGGACAAGCAAAACAACUGCUGAACAUCCUGAAAUCAGGUUUGGGAGGAUUUGGAUCAUUUAGUCCUGGUUUAGUUCCAUCAAAUAUUCUUGCCGACGUACGACACGCCAAAGUAUCAGAUCGAAAUCUGAUAUUAGUAGCAAACAACACGCCAGCAACAACCAUUGGACAAAGAAAACAAGGUCGUGUACCUGCUAUCCAAAAACGUGCUAUACCUUGUCCUGGUGAUCGUGACAUUAUAAUAAUUGUUGACUCAUCCGGUAGUGUGGACAACUCAGAGUUCACUUCUGCUCUUAAUGAUUUGAGUGAGCUCAUUCCUUUGCUCUGUGGAUAUCAACCUGGUCUGAUAACACGGUGCCAAGCCUACAGACUGGCCAUGAUAACCUAUGGAAACUCACCAAGACUCACAUUUGAUUUGGAUGACAAUCUGAGCAGGCACACAAACCAAAUAAAUGUUCAGAAUGACAUCAAAACAAAACCAUAUUACACAGAUGGAGCGACAGCUACAGGUGAUGCUCUCAAAUUUGCAUGGGAUCGAGUUCUACAGGAAUCUCAUGGAAUGAGACCAAACAGCAAGAAAACCAUUCUUCUGUUGACUGAUGGUCACUACAACAGUGGAACUCAUAAUCCUAUCAAUGUGGCAGAAGACUUGUUCCAAGCUUUCAAUGACCAGUUGUCUAUAGUGGCUUUGGGAAUAGGAAAUAAUAUUGACUACCAAGAGCUGAUAGAUAUCACCAAACAUUACAAUCCUGCAAAUCCGUUGGUCUUUCUCACGGAAACCUUUACCAGUUUCCAUGACAUUGUUGAGGAGAUCAAGAGUCUUCUGACUGACGAUCAAGCAACAUGCUCUGCAGAUGUUCUUGUCAAGAAACGCUAGUGACAACUACUAAGUGACAUUUAAAUGUUUUUAUGUGUUGUGAAAUCAAAAAAUAGACUUGAGAUUUGAUCACUGUAUAAUUACACUAUACAACAGCAUAAAUUUG